AUGGCUGCUCUCUUCGUCCGUCAGAUCUGGACACUCACUUUGAAGAACCUGCUUGUUGCUUUCGUACGACGGUGGUUGACUACGACGAUCAGGGCGUUUCUCUUGCCUUGUAUAUUUGUGGGCUUCCUAUCAUAUGCACGGUUCCUCUUCAUUCCGCCCUCCGUCUAUGGAAUCGGAGACCCAACUGCCGUCCGCAGCCUCCCGCAAGCUCUCGAUCUUGUCUCUGGUGGGCGGGACAAGCUGGUCUUCGUCAACAAUGGCUUCGCAGGGGGAGCUAUCGAAUCAGUCAUCGACCGAGUAGUCAAUGAUGCCGGUUCGUUCGGUGGAAAGGUAGAGAUUCUGUCGCAAGAGGAGGAACUUUUGACAACAUGCAGAAACUCAAUCAGAGGCACAUCGACGUGCAUAGCUGGAGCCGUCUUUUUCUCCUCCCCGACAGAAGGCGAAGCCGGGCGGUGGAAUUACUCGAUCCGAGCAGACGGUGGACUUCAGAACAAAAUCGUCACCGAUUCUUCCAAGAAUGACGUCGAGAUCUAUCUUCUUCCGCUCCAACACGCAAUUGAUCGUGCCAUAUCUGAUGUCGAAGGUGGAAGAAAUGGCUCACGUACUUUACCAGACCAGGUGCAGGAGUACCCUUAUACCUCCAUGACGAAACAGCAACGCUUGCGACAGAUCAGGACGAGGUACAUGGGAGGCAUCAUCGACAUCCUUGCUGUUGCCUUCUUUAUCGGCGUAGUUGGUGUGACUUACCAACUCACAGGAUUGAUAGCCGCUGAGAGAGAGCAAGGUAUGGCCCAAUUGCUCGAUUGUAUGAUGCCAAACGCUCAACGAUGGCAACCACAAAUGGCGAGAAUUCUGGCGAACCACCUGGCCUUCGACCUUCUGUACGGCCCCGGCUGGAUCAUCAUGGCCAUCAUCCUCUCAGUAGGUGUGUUCAGCAAGACCUCUGCGGCAAUUGUGAUCAUUUUCAAUCUUCUGUCAGGCCUCGCCAUGUCUUCUCUGUCCAUCUUUGGAGCUGCUUUCUUCAAAAAGGCCCAGCUCAGUGGAAUCACUUCGGUCAUUGUGAGCCUGUUAUUGGCUAUCAUUGCACAGGUGGCGAGCAAAGCAGGUUCCGCAUCUGUCGCCAUCCUCUCGCUCAUCUUUCCGCCUAUGAACUAUGUCUAUUUCGUUAUACUCAUGGCUCGUUUCGAAAGACAGAAUUUCGGGACUAGUCUGACGAAGCGAGCACCAGAGAACACUUCCGCAGUUCCAGGGAUUGUUCUGUGGAUAUUCCUCAUCAUCCAGAUCGUUGUGUUUCCCAUCCUGGGGGCAUAUGUAGAGAGGCUGCUGUACGGGACUGCGUCUAAAAGCCGCCAGACUGAAGUUUCGGACGACACAACCGCAAUUGCGCUGCUUAAUUUCACAAAAGAGUACCGACCGUCCUUCUUGGCCAAGAUACGCUCGGCUCUGACGCGGAGGAAAUUGAAAACGGUUCUAGCUGUCGACAGGUUGACGUUGAGUGCCGUACGAGGUGAGAUAAUGGUUCUGCUGGGGGCAAAUGGUAGUGGCAAAAGUACGACCCUCGACGCUAUUGCUGGGCUGAAUUCGAUCACCUCCGGUACAAUCUUGAUCAACUACCCGUCUGCUAACACUGGACUGGGCCUGUGCCCUCAGAAGAAUGUCCUGUGGGAUGAUUUGACGGUGGAAGAACAUGUCCUUAUCUUCAAUCGAGUCAAAAGUGAAGUCCAGGCGACUAAAGAUGAGAACAUGUCCCUGCUCACUUCGUGCGACAUUGUUGCUAAGACACAGGCACGUGCCAAAACCCUGUCUGGUGGGCAGAAACGAAAGCUGCAGCUGGCCAUGAUGUUUACAGGCGGCUCAAACGUGUGCUGCGUUGACGAAGUAUCGUCCGGUCUAGAUCCACUAUCUCGACGCAAAAUAUGGGACAUUCUACUCGCGGAGCGUGGCAAACGGUCAAUAAUUCUGACCACGCAUUUUCUGGACGAAGCAGAGUUGCUAGCUGACCAUAUCGCCAUUCUCUCGAAGGGAGCUUUGAAGGCGGCCGGGACUUCGGUUGAGCUCAAGAACAAACUGGGCUCUGGAUACCGGGUCCAUGUCUAUCACAACCACGGUACGCAACAGAUUCCUACCUUCCAAGAUACGAACCACAAACAACAAAGCGACCAAACUGUCUACUUCUUGCAAGAUUCUGCCUCGGCUGCGAACUUCCUCAGUCGUGUCGACAGCGCCGGACUGGCUGAGUAUCAGGUUAACGGACCGACAAUCGAAGACGUCUUCCUCAAGGUUGCUGAAGAAGUGCAAAUACGGUCUGACAUCUCGACUGAGGUCGACUCGAAGGAUGUGCUCGAGGUAGUGGGCAGCCGCAGCAGCGAAGGAGCCGCUCCGAAUGGGGCAGCCGAGGUUUCGUUCCGAGAUGACCCGCCUACGAACGUUCCAAAGCUUCUGGAUGGUCGUCGCAUUAGCAUGCCUCAACAAGCCAAAGUGCUCUUCUCGAAAAGACUUGUCGUUCUUCGCCGGAACAGCCUUCCGUACCUUGCAGCGCUUAUGAUUCCGAUUAUCGCCGCAGGAUUGGUCACUCUCUUUCUCAAGCACUUCCAGAAAGCCGAAUGCUCUCCCUCGUCGGCUAUUUCAGUCUCUGAUAUCGUGUCCUUGUCAACACAGAACAAUUACCAGCUUGUGGCGGGGCCUCGGGAUCGACUGAAUGAGGGCGCAAUAGAAUUACUAGCUGGCACCUUUGGUGGCAGCAUUGGUGCCGGGGAUGUAGGUGCUAAUACCACCAGGUUGCUCCACUCGCUUCAUCUUGUUGAUACUCUGGAGGAGUUCGACGACUACAUCCGAGACAGGUACGCCAAUGUCACACCAGGAGGCUUCUUCCUCGGUGGCGACGGUGUUAGCCCUACGUUUGCCUGGAAAGGAAAUGGUAACAUUGCAUUUCCAGUCAUCAUCCAGAAUGCUCUUGACACACUCUCAACCAACAUCUCGAUCUCAAAUCAAUAUCAAGCGUUUGACGUACCGUGGGGGGCCAGCGUUGGAGACGCUCUACAGCUCAUCACUUACUUUGGCUUGGCCAUGGCAGUAUAUCCCUCCUUUUUCGCCUUGUACCCAACGAUUGAGCGACUUCACAAGGUUCGAGGCCUGCAUUAUAGCAAUGGCGUUCGAUCAGCGCCUCUCUGGCUUGCGUACACCCUGUUCGACUUUGGCAUUGUGCUGGUCACCAGCGCCAUUGCAAUCAUAAUAUUCCGCGCGGCUUCUGAUGUCUGGUACCACAUUGAAUACCUCUUUGUGGUGUUCUUUCUGUAUGGCCUUGCCUCGACAUUACUGUCGUACCUGAUUUCAUUGUUCUCGAGGUCGCAGCUAGCAGCGUUUGCAUUCGCCGCUGGGGGUCAAGCUGUCAUGUUUCUCCUUUAUUUCAUUGCAUACAUGAGCGUGUUAACGUACUCCCCCAUUGACAAAAUCGAUGACUACGUCAACGUAUGCCAUUUUGCGAUUGCAACAAUAUCUCCAGUUGCCAACCUCACCCGAGCACUUUUCAUUACACUCAAUGUAUUCUCGAUCACUUGCAGGGACCGACAAUUUGCUUCAUACCCGGGGUCCAUGACUACAUUCGGCGGGCCAAUCUUGUACUUGAUAUUGCAGACCCUCGCAUUGUUCGGCGUGCUCCUGUGGUGGGAUUCUGGCCCUUCCUUUCAGCUUUGGCGCGGGAAAGCGAAGGAAGAAGAGGUCGAGUCAAAGCCAACGCUCGAGGCCGAAAUCUCGAAUGAGCUGACUCGGGUCAAUUCGUCGCAAGACGGGCUUCGUGUGCUUCACUUGACCAAAUACUUUGGCAAAAAUCUCGCCGUCGACAACGUCACAUUCGGGGUUCCACACAGCGAGGUGUUUGCGCUUCUCGGACCAAACGGAGCUGGCAAAUCGACGACCAUUUCACUCAUCAGAGGCGACAUCCAACCAAGUCGUCGUGGAGGUGAUAUUCUCGUGGACAAUAUAUCAGUCAUUCGUCACCGGACAAAAGCCCGGUAUCGACUGGGAGUCUGCCCCCAAUUCGACGCGAUGGACACGAUGACGGUAGCAGAACACCUGGACUUCUAUGCCAAGGUCCGUGGAGUCGCUGACCCUCGUCACAACGUAGACGCGGUCAUGCGCGCUGUCGGUCUCGAGCAGUACGCCGAUCGCAUGGCUGCAAAGCUGUCAGGCGGCAACAAGCGCAAGUUGUCCCUGGGCAUUGCGCUCAUGGGGAAUCCAAGCGUGCUGUUGCUCGACGAGCCGUCUUCUGGAAUGGACGCCGCGAGCAAACGCGUCAUGUGGCAGACGCUCAAGUCGGUCGUGCCCGGACGGUCCUUGGUCCUGACGACGCACUCGAUGGAGGAGGCGGAUGCUCUUGCGAUGCGGGCCGGGAUCAUGGCCGGGAAGAUGCUCGCCCUGGGCAGUACCGAGUACCUCCGGCGCAAGCACGGAGACGCCUACUACGUCCACCUCGUGCACCGGCACGCGCCUCAUACGUCCGAGCAGGAAAUGGAACGCGUUCGUGUCUGGAUCGUGUCCACCUUCCCGCAGGCCGAGGUCGAGAGCAAGAUAUACGCCGGACAGAUCCGAUUCUCCGUGCCCACGGCGGCGUUGCGCGAAAAGGACGCAGAGGUGAUCAGUCGAGGAGGCUCGGGUAUAUCCAGAUUGUUUGCCGCUCUCGAAAAGAACAAGGGUGACCUGGAGAUCCAAUUCUACAGCGUGAGCCGGGCGACGCUCGACCAGGUCUUUCUCAACAUAGUGGGUAAGCACAACGUCGCGGAAGAAGGCACGGACGUUCCGACGAUUUCGAAUUCUCGUUCUGGGAAGUGGAGAACGCGUCUCUUGUCCACCGUGACCGGACGGAGACGGGGGUAG